CGUCGGCCUCAAACGCUGCAUUUCCCGCGAAAACCUCCUGCUCUCGUGUCUUUCUAUCUAACUUCUCUGUCCUCCUGGUUUUCUCUCCCUAACAACUUCCUAUCCCUCUCUUCUCUUCUCUUCUCUUCUCUAUCUCUCUAAAAAAUAACCGACUUUGACACUCGCAAUGCAAUGAAGGACAUUAUCAACAACCUCCUAACAUCCCUUUUCCAUGUCGAACUCUGCUAUCCCCGACAAUCAAGAUCCUCCCGAAACGACGUCGUCUUCUUCGUCUACGCCAACCAAUUACAAGCUCCGAAAAAUCCCUCCUAUUCCUGUUCGCCGGACGCAUUUCCACGAAACUGCAGAUUCUUCUCCUUUUCAUGAUACUGAAGAUGAGAAGGAGGAUGAUGACCUUUCUUAUUUGCCUAAAGAUGAUGAGAAUUCGCCGGUUAUUCUCGCGUCCUCGCUCGGACUCUACUGUAUCAGGACGCAGUCCGCUCCGUCUCCUUCUCCUCUUAGGUUUUCUUCCACUGCGGGUAGGCCUUCCAAUAUCGGCAAUGAUAAUGAUAGCAAUGCUGUAAAAAAGGAGGAUCAUAAAGGUAGUAUUAUCGAGUCGACGAAGCUUAAAUGGGCCCUUCCUCUUCAUAGUGUGUCGUCCAGGGACCAAGGGAAAAAGGUUGGAUGGAAUCAAUCCAAAUCAUUAAAAUAUCCACCAUCAGUCAAUCCUGCGUUGGAGAGUAACCAUGCGGCUUUUGCCAAGGAAUUGCAAUCUCCACGUUUCCAGGCAAUACUGCGUGUUACGAGUGGUCGGAAGAAGAAGGCCCCAGAUGUCAAGAGCUUCUCUCACGAGCUCAAUUCCAAAGGAGUCCGCCCUUUUCCUGUUUGGAGGUCUCGGGCAUUCGGUCAUAUGGAGGAAGUUAUGGUGGCAAUCAGGGCAAAAUUCGACAAGUUGAAGGAAGAAGUUGAUUCUGAUUUAGGCAUAUUUGCCGGAGAUUUGGUGGGCAUACUUGAUAAGGUCUCGGACUCUCACCCUGAAUGGAGAGUGAGUUUGGAGGAUUUGUUGGUUGUAGCUCGGCAAUGUUCAAAAAUGCCACCUCAUGAAUUCUGGAUAAAAUGCGAGGCCAUUGUUCAGAAUCUAGAUGAUAAGCGUCAAGAGCUCCCAAUGGGGAUCCUCAAACAAGCGCAUACCCGCCUUCUCUUUAUCCUCACAAGAUGCAAUAGGCUUGUGCAGUUUCAAAAGGAGAGUGGUUAUAACAAUGAUCACAUUCUGGGACUUCAUCAGCUUAGUGACCUUGGAGUUUAUCCAGAACAAAUUUUGGCAGUUGCAACACAGGAUUUUAGCCGUCCAUUGGUGGAUGGAAAGGUGGCAACUGAGAAAGAGAGAAACAAGUCCCAUGGUCAGGAACAAGAACCUCUGGUUAUACAAGAAGAACCAGCAGAACAAACUGUGGAAGUCAGCACUGCAAAAAGUGGUGAUUCAACCACAAGCAGCUAUAGGAUGUCGUCUUGGAAGAAACUCCCAUCACCGGCCGAGAAAAUUAGGAAGGGUACUGGCUCCAUCGAUACAUCUACCGAGGACAAAUCAGAACCGCUUCAUAAUAAAGACGAAACCAGAACCGUUGGGGAUGACAAUUCUGAAAUUCUUGGAACUCCAGAGGAUGCUGCAUCAACAGGAAUUAGAAAAGCUUCUUGGGGAUUCUGGGGGGAGCACCAUAGUGUUGCAUAUGAUAAUUCGAUGAUAUGUCGUAUUUGUGAGGUCGAAAUACCAGUAGUACAUGUAGAAGAGCACUCUCUGAUAUGUACAAUUGCUGAUCGAUGUGACUUGAAAGGCUUAACUAUAAAUGAAAGACUUGAAAGAGUUGCAGAAACGCUCGAUAAGAUAUUGGAAUCAUGGGCUCCAAAAGGCUCUGAUACACCAAGACGAAGUAUCGAGGGUGAAAGAAUGUCAACGUCAGGCAUACAAGAGGACUUAGAUGAGUUAUCACCAAAACGAAACAAUUUUUCUCGUCAAUGCUCUGAAUACACGCUUGAUGUCAUGCCUGAACCUGAUAAUGCUUUUGUCACGGAAGAACUGAAUGUUAUAUCAGAAAUUUCAUGUGAAGCACGUUCUGCUUUGACACCUGAUGCAGACACAAAAACUUCAUCGGGGGGAAGCUUGACACCACGAUCACCAUUAUUAACGCCACGGACCAGCCAGAUUGAACUGCUAUUGGGUGGACGGAGGACAAUGACUGAACUUGAGAAUAAUCAGCAGAUAACCAAGCUACUGGCUAUUGCCCGUUCUGUUGCAAAUGUAAACGAGAGUGACUAUAGUUCAUUGGAGUCUAUGCUUGACUACCUGGAUGACCUCAAAUAUGCCAUCCAGGAUAGGAAGGUGGAUGCCCUCAUCGUAGAGACUUUUGGAAGGCGCAUAGAGAAAUUAUUACAGGAGAAAUAUGUGCACCUUUGUGCACAGAUAGAUGAUGAAAAAUUGGACUUAUCAAAUCAUAUGGCUGAUGAAGAGAGUUCUGUGGAAGAUGAUACGGUUCACAGUUUACGUACAAGCCCUAUCAAUCAAUAUUCUAAGGAUAGAACUUCCAUAGAAGAUUUUGAGAUAAUAAAACCAAUCAGCAGAGGGGCAUUUGGACGGGUUUUCCUCUCCAGAAAAAGGGCAACUGGUGAUUUGUUUGCUAUAAAGGUUUUAAAGAAGGCCGAUAUGAUUUGUAAAAAUGCAGUUGAAAGUAUUUUGGCAGAGCGUAACAUUCUCAUAUCAGUUCGAAAUCCUUUUGUGGUACGGUUUUUCUACUCCUUCACAUGUAGGGAAAAUCUUUACCUGGUUAUGGAGUAUCUAAAUGGUGGAGAUCUUUACUCAUUGUUGAGAAACUUGGGCUGCUUGGAUGAAGACAUGGCCCGUAUUUAUAUUGCAGAAGUUGUUCUUGCUUUGGAGUAUUUGCAUUCUUUAAAUGUUAUUCAUAGAGAUUUGAAGCCAGACAACUUGUUGAUUGGUCAAGAUGGUCACAUCAAGUUGACAGAUUUUGGGCUCUCGAAGGUUGGUCUUAUCAACAGCACAGAGGAUUUAUCUGGUCCAUCAUUUAAUAGUUCUGCUUUUCUUGAUGAACAUGAAACAAAAAAUCAAAAUUCAUCAAAAAGAGAACAGCGCCAAAAGCAUUCUGUUGUUGGGACUCCUGAUUAUUUGGCACCUGAGAUACUUCUUGGCAUGGGACAUGGUGCAACUGCUGAUUGGUGGUCUGUAGGCAUUAUUCUUUUUGAGCUGCUUGUUGGUAUUCCACCUUUCAAUGCAGAAAUUCCGCAGCAAAUAUUUGACAAUAUAAUGAAUAGAGAUAUACCUUGGCCCAGGGUACCUGAGGAGAUGAGUUUUGAAGCCUAUCAUUUGAUCGACAAGUUAUUGACUGAAAAUCCAAUUCAAAGGCUUGGAGCAACAGGAGCCAAAGAGGUGAAGCAACACCCUUUCUUUGGCAACAUUAAAUGGGACACACUUGCUAGGCAAAAGGCUAUGUUCAUACCAUCGGCAGAGGCACAUGACACAAGUUAUUUUAUGAGCCGAUACAUAUGGAAUCCAGAGGGUGAAAAUUUUCAAGGAGGCAGUGAUUUUGAUGACUUAACCGACUCAUGUAGCACAGGGUCAUUCAGCAAUACCCAUGAUGAGGAUGGGGAUGAAUGUCGUAGCUUGGCAGACUUUAACGCUCCUGCACUUGCUGUGAAGUAUUCGUUCAGUAAUUUUUCAUUUAAGAACUUGUCUCAACUUGCUUCUAUCAACUAUGAUAUGGUGACCAGGAACACCAAGGAAACAGCAGAUGCAUCUAAACUAUAGUACUAUGUUUGAUAAGCUGUAACGUAAUGUAAUGCAAUUAAAAUUGUUAUUAAAUUUUAAAUAAAAAAUUUAAUUACUUUACAUUGCGUUACAGCUUAUUGAUUUAGCACCUAUUAAACACAUGCACAUCAUUUUGCUCCCGGCUGUAGUUUUAGUUUGCAUGGUCAAUUUCAAUGGUGAUCCUUUGAUGAUGAGGAAAAAUUGUCAACCUGAAAAUUUCAAGAGGACACUUUCCUAGAACAACAGUUAUCUCUUCGGGAUCCAGCUUUAAAACAAUGGAUCAGUGAAAUUUUCUUAUUACGCUUCAAUGCAGAAAGUGGAACUUAAUUUCUACAGUCAAAAGGUCAUGUGCAAUUUUGUGAUUUUGACCCACCAGCCUUUGUGUAUAUAUAGAUCUCAGUGUACUGAUAUUUUCGAA